AUGCCCGGCCUUCUCCAAAAGUCCGGUUUCACCAUUUGGUGGUCGCCUAACCAAGAUGCAACUGUCGAGGAGGAACGGGGCGUACUUUGGGAACGCCUAGCAGAGCUCAUUGACAGGUCUCGCUCCGUGGUUCGCUCAUUUGUUUGUCGUUCUGUAACCGGGAACUACGACGGUUUCGUAAGUCACAAAUAUGUAUUGAUGUAUGCCUAUAAUAGAAACGAAAGUUCAACUGUCGUUCAACUGUUUUUUCUGCGUGCUGGAAAUUUGGUCAGUCGUAUUCGAGAGAUUGCGAUUCGUAUUGAACGUUGUUCGGAUUGCCGUAACAGUGGUAAACAGUUCAAUCGAUGUGGUUUGCGGUACCAUGAAAAAUGCUCCAAGAUGUCGGAGCAGUGCUAUGCGUUGCAUCUUCAACAUGGAGAAUUAAAUGAGGUGUCUCGCGGCAAGUACGACCGAUUGAGAAUUGUUCAGGUUAAGGCGCACAAUGAGGUCCAGGGACUCUGUCGUAUUAGCCUCGCUCUACCUGGCCUUCGUUCGGCCACACCUAGAGUACUGUGUACAAGCUUCAGAUCUGAAGAAGGACCAAAAGGUUCUGGCGAAAGUGCCGAGGAGGUUCACGCGCAUGUUCCGCACCUUCGUGGCGCGACAUAUGCCAAAAGCCUUCAGGGGCUGAAACUGUGCUCACUUGAACUGCCUCAGGAGGAAGUGACGUCAGAAACCAUUGCCGAGUUCAAACUGAAGCUGGACACAUCCUGA